UCUCAGGUUUCAAAAGCUUAAUAAACUUUAAAUGUUCCAAAGAUAAUUAUUAUGAAGUGUUACCCAACUGAAUGAUGGACAUUUACAGUUUUUCUUUAUCUAAAUUAUAGAUAAUACCUGAAAGAAUUCGGCUUCACCUGUAGCUGUAAAGAAGAGAAGUGACUCCUUCAGAGAACAGUCAUGGCGUUCUCUCGGCUCUCCGCCUCAGCGGUGUUGGCUUCAAUGAUCUUUCUUCUCUACUGGACGACCUCCUCAGCUCGGUCACAUGACCUCUCGGCCCCCCACAGGGUGAGGAGAGACAUGCCUUCCGGCACCAGAGAGAAAGUGUCAGCAUCUGUGACUAUGUUGAAGGAAUCCCUGGCCGUCGUCAAAGACGUGGUAGGAAAGAGUAACACAAGGACCGUGUCAGCUGUGAUAAAGAGUAUCGCCAACUUGGCCAGCUUGGCGCCCGGUAUCACAGGUCUGGUCUCCUCUUUUCUCAACCUGGUCUUGAUCUUCAUCCCUCAAGACAACCCUCUGACGGAGCUCAGGGCGGGCUUUGCUGAGGUCAACAAGAAGCUGGACUCGCUCUCCGUCCAGAUCUCUAACCUGGCGACUGACGUGGAAUGGUUCAACUAUGCCAGCGUCUACUCUCAGGACGAGGUCCGCAUCCUCAACGCCUGGAAGAAGUUCAAUGAGUUUCGUGAGAACAGCGAGUUGACGGAGAGCGAGGACAACAAUCUGAGACUGGCCGAGGUUUUCACCAAAUACUACGAGAACACGGCAACUGAGGCCAGCGUGGCCAACCUCUACCACUACCUGACGGUCAGCGACAUGUCACUCAGCGGGAACCUCAACCUCCUGCUGAGGAAGAAGUUUAAAUGUGAUGUCCGUGAGAUUGGCAGAUAUAACCUGUACUUCAGCAGUCUGCUGUGGAAGGGGAUGUUGCUCAACCAGCUCUACUGGAAACUGAUCGGCCUCCAACAGACGGGCAUCAAUGCUCAAUACACCAAAAUGUUUAAGAACGUCUCCAGUGCUCAGAUCUCGGCCAUCGAGUUCUGCGUCAACAACUACCAGCAAUACCUGCAGAAGGACGUGGAGGAGAUUGGCAAAGCUCUCGAUCCCAGCAACAAGAGAGUCGUGGCUGAGGAGGUGAAAAACUUUCUGGAUAAGAAGUACUACUGGUACUACUGGGUGGUUCUGGUCUUCAACUCCGACACAGACCAGGAUUACUAUCACGUGUUCUUCAGUGAAGUCAUUAAAGCCGAAGCGAAUCCGAUCACCAUCGCUGUGAGCUAUGUUGACAAAGAAGGGGAGACUUACAGAGACGAAGUCAUAAAGGCAGUGAAACACUGUAACCCAAUGAAAACGCCCCCGUUUGGUCCGUUCCUUGCCCCCGACUUUACGCCGUGCAAGAUCAUCCUGCAGCAGAUCCAGGACUGCAAUAUAUUGGUGCAUGGAGUUCCCCUCAGAGAGUACGUUAAGAGCACAUAUGCUACUAACGAUAACGACUGGCUUGAAGCCCCUGACAGCCUGAUGUACUUGCAGUGUAAGUCGAGCAGGAACCUCUACUCUAUGUCCAUUUUUUACUCCCGAACCGUCGACCCCUGCCCCGCCAACCAAUGUGAGAGAGGAGAGUGCAAGAGGCUGGGCAAAUCCAGUGAACAUCUGUGCGAGUGUCCCGACAACUACUAUGGAGACAGAUGUGAAACGGAGCUGGAGUCCAAAGACAUCCCGGCGAUCAAUGCCGGCCGCAUGGUGCCCGACAUCACCGCCAUCAGCGCCAAACUGAAAGCCAUGGAGACGAAACUGGACGCCAUCCUUAACAACACGUGCCCCGCCCUGUAACAAACGCAGCUGACCUUUAAUCGUCACGUCCAGAGCGUUCACUUAACUCACCCACUCCUGAGACCUGGGACGACUCAUGUCCAACGCAUUAAAAUAAAAAAAAAUUAAAAUAAAAAAUUACCAACACACUGAUUCCACUUCUGGAGUGAAACAUCAUUUUUU